CCACGGCCUCUCGUCUGGUUACCGGUCCAUAUCAGAACACCGAGGAUAAUCACACGAGCAAAAAUCAUGGUUGAGCGACGCUUGGCAAUAGUUGGAAUUAUGGCAGCACUGUGCAUACAACUGGCCAACGGAAAACCUGUAGCAGAAUAUGGGCCAGUCUAUGAAAAGGACACAUGUAAGGCCGACUACAUCAAAACAACCGAUUGUAACACGAUUGAACUCGACAUCUUUAACGAUGAAUAUUGUUGCAAGAAAUGCCCUAAUCUACAACAGAAUCUGGACCCAGAACACAGCAAUAGUUGUUCUUACAUUAAAGAGCAACCGACGACCGAGUUAGAAAACACAACUCCCGAACCUUUUACUACUGCUAUUAUAGAAACAACGACUGCAGCUGGGACAACAGCUUCGGAUCUACCAGAUGAUCCCGAAACUACGGGAGUUUCAUUUCCAGAAGAAAUCACUUCUGAACAAGCUAACACUAUGAGGGAUGAAAUUGAUCCACCGGUUACAGCUACAAAUUUGCCUGGCGCAACCAUUGCAGCGAUUGUUGUCAGUGUGAUUAUUAUUGGUGUGAUAAUAGCAGCCCUAGGAGUGUAUUACUACCGCAGAAAAAAUGCUGGCUAUUGCAGAAAAUUGCUGAAAAUUUGCAGAAAAAAGGAUGCUGCAUCAAAAGCUCCUUCACUCGUAGAAGAGUCUUCACUCGUAGAAGAGCUUUCACCCGUAGAUCAAGAAACUGCUAGUGUUAGUGAUCCCCUGGUGUCCGAUACACAGCAGGCAGAUGAUUAACAGUGAGAAUUGUCGAACUUACUCAUAUUUUCCAAAGUCUCGUUGUUUGUUUUAGAACAUUUACAGAACAAUUCAAGUUAUUAUUCAAACAUUUAUUCUUAUUUUGAUGAACAAAAUCAAUAAACUCGCUCUGUAUGAAGUUGAGCGGAGAUGGAGUCCGAUUUAAACUUUAUUUAUUAUAGAAAUAUUUCUUUCAGUGAUCUUUUAUAGUUUACAAAUAAUCAAGCUCUAAGAGUAUCCGAAUAAUUCUAAUUUUUGUCAAACAAAGCCCUAUUGAAAUUUACUCGUGUUAGAAUGGAACUAGUCCCUUGAAUCAUUAGUUUUAAAUUUUUUACUUUUAACUUUGCCUAUAAAGGUAUUUUAUAAUGGUACUCAACGAAAAUAUUGUAUAAUAGUGGUUAUGUAUGCUCAUACACUAUGUGUCUAAGUCAGGGGUUCCCAACUUUCAUUCUAAUUUUUAUCCUUAAGUAAAUUUCAUCCCCAUACUGCCUAGAAUGUCUCAUAUUAGCUGGAGAUAACAAAAAAGAAAUGAAAAAUGCUAUGCGGGCACACUUGGUCAUGUACUUUCUGGCUUUUGGAAUUUACCCCCAAUGAAGAUCAAAUUUCCCAAGCAACUCACCCUACUCCCUUCCUCACGAAGCCCCCCCACGGGCUAAAUUUUCCCCUGACUGAGAACCCCUGGCCUGAGGAGUUUAAUAUAGAUCAUUAACAUAUCAUUGCAUUUUGGUAAUCAGUAUUAAAGAUGG